AUGAAGCAGGGGCACAUGAAGCAGGGGCACAUGAAGCAGGAGCACAUGAACCAGGGGGCACAUAAACCAGGGGCACAUGAACCAGGGGCACUUGAAGCAGGGGCACAUGAAGCAGGGGCACAUGAAGCAGGGGCAUAUGAAGCAGGGGCACAUGAACAAAGGGCACAUGAACCAGAGGCACAUGAACCAGAGGAACAUGAACCAGGGGCACAUGAAUCAGGGGCACAUGAACAAGGAGCACAUGAACCAGGGGCACUUGAACCAGGGGCACAUGAACCAGGGGCACAUGAACAAAGGGCACAUGAACCAGAGGCACAUGAACCAGAGGAACAAGAACCAGGGGCACAUGAAUCAGGGGCACAUGAACAAGGAGCACAUGAACCAGGGGCACAUGAACCGGGGGCACAUGAACCAGGGGCACACGAACAAGAGGCACAUGAACCAGGGACACAUGAACCAGGGGCCCAUGAACCAGGGACACAUGAACCAGGGGUACAUGAACCAGGGGCACAUGAACCAGGGGCACAUGAACAAAGGGGACAUGAACCAGAGGCACAUGAACCAAAGGCACAUGAACCAGGGGCACAUGAAUCAGGGGCACAUGAACUAGGGGCACAUGAACCAGGGGCACUUGAACCAGGGGCACAUGAACAAGGGGCACUUGAACCAGGGGCACAUGGACAAGGGGCACUUGAACAAGGGGCACAUGAACAAGGGGCACAUGAACAAGGGGCACAUGGACCAGAGGCACUUGAACCAGGGGCACUUGAACCAUGGGUACAUGAACCAGAGGCACAUGAACCAGGGGAACAUAAACCAGGGGCCCAUGAACCAGGGGCCCAUGAACCAGGGACACAUGAACCAGGGGCAUAUGAACAAGGGACACAUGAACAAGGGGCACAUGAACCAGAGGCACUUGAACCAGUGGCACUUGAACCAGGGGCACAUGAACUAGAGCCACAUGAACCAGGGGCACAUGAACCAGGGGCACAUGAACCAGGGGCACAUGAACCAGGGGCACAUGAACCAGGGGCACACGAACAAGAGGCACAUGAACAAGGGGCACAUGAACCAGGGGCACAUGAACCAGGGGCACAUGAACCAGGGGCACAUGAACCGGGGGCACAUGAACCAGGGGCACAUGAACCAGGGGCACACGAACAAGAGGCACAUGAACCAGGGACACAUGAACCAGGGGCCCAUGAACUAGGGACACAUGAACAAAGGGGACAUGAACCAGAGGCACAUGAACCAAAGGCACAUGAACCAGGGGCACAUGAAUCAGGGGUACAUGAACUAGGGGCACAUGAACUAGAGGCACAUGAACCAGGGGCACAUGAACCAGGGGCACAUGAACCAGGGGCACAUGAACCAGGGGCACAUGAACCGGGGGCACAUGAACCAGGGGCACAUGAACCAGGGGCACACGAACAAGAGGCACAUGAACCAGGGACACAUGAACCAGGGGCCCAUGAACUAGGGACACAUGAACAAAGGGGACAUGAACCAGAGGCACAUGAACCAAAGGCACAUGAACCAGGGGCACAUGAAUCAGGGGCACAUGAACCAGGGGCACACGAACAAGAGGCACAUGAAUCAGGGACACAUGAACCAGGGGCCCAUGAACUAGGGACACAUGAACAAAGGGGACAUGAACCAGAGGCACAUGAACCAAAGGCACAUGAACCAGGGGCACAUGAAUCAGGGGCACAUGAACAAGGGGCACAUGAACCAGGGGCACUUGAACCAGGGGCACAUGAACCAGGGGCACAUGAACAAGGGGCACAUGAACCAGGGGCACUUGAACCAGGGGCACAUGGACAAGGGGCACUUGAACCAGGGGCACAUGAACAAGGGGCACAUGAACAAGGGGCACAUGGACCAGAGGCACUUGAACCAGGGGCACUUGAACCAUGGGUACAUGAACCAGAGGCACAUGAACCAGGGGAACAUAAACCAGGGGCCCAUGAACCAGGGGCCCAUGAACCAGGGACACAUGAACCAGGGGCACAUGAACAAGGGGCACAUGAACAAGGGGCACAUGAACCAGAGGCACUUGAACCAGUGGCACUUGAACCAGGGGCACAUGAGUCCACUGAGGGAGUCGGUUAGGAUAAGGAUGUUUUGGUGGUUUUGUAAUACAAGUUAUAUUGGCAUUUGGUCAUGUUUGGUGAGGAUUUCAUAUCCAUGUAUGUAUGUACAUGGUGUCAACACAUUGACAAAUAAAUGUAGUUUUGUUACUCGA